AUGAGCACCGAAAUGACCUCAGAUAACGGAGAUACGAAAUAUGGCGAUAGCCAACAGGCCGAUAUUCCUUGUACUUCGAUAGCAGGCAAGAUUUGGGGCGCCGUCCUUUCGGUGGCCUUCCCUCCCCUGAGUUUUGAUGUCUUUGGGCAAAUGGGCGGAAAUGAAAGUACGCAUCGUAUCACUAUCGAAAGACUGGACGAAGAGUCGUAUAAUAUCGUCAAAGUAUCCGAUGACGUGAUACGUCGGGUGCAGGGUGGCAGUUCGCUCAACGAAGACGAAGGGCCUGUCAAAAAUGGUGCUGCUACUGCGGAGAGUAACUCGAUGAAAAGCAAUGUCAUGGAAGAAGUAGUUCCACUAGUUCACCCUGAUAAAAGCCGGACAGAGACAAAGAUGGCCGAUACGUUGGAGGCGGAUACAGCGCGGUUUAAGUCAGAGCUCUACUACAAGCAAAAGUGGGACCGCUUAGUGGAGGAGCGACAACGGGAGCGUCAGCAGAUGCAAAAGCUGCUGAAGGAAAAAACGGAGGCGAUUCGCCGAAGCUUUGAGGAACAUUCGGCCGAGAUCGGCUGUGUCGAUGCCCAGGAGAACUUGCUGCAGUGCUACCGUCAGAACAAAGGCCGAUCCUUACGAUGUCGCGACGUUGGCAACGACUUUAUUCAGUGCGUCGCCAAGGAAAAGGCGCACUUUUCAGCCGUCCGUGAACCUUGCUGA